AUGUCAGAUCAAGAGCCUUCGAAAGGCGUCGUCUUCCUGUCAACUGUUGACUUCGCUGUCGAGCGGGUGUUUCCUAUUCGUAACCUUGUAGCACCUUUGCCAGAAACACCAGAGCCUGUGCAAGAUGUGGAAAGCACAAAGUCCACCGACGAAUCUGCCGUUCAUGGUCAAGCAGAACGCCAUGCUGAAGUCGAUCUGGGAGAGUCAGAAGCUAGUCCAUCGCCUUACUUGCCUCCACCUUAUCCUUCCAUACCUCCAGAAGAUGCCAUCCGGAAGCUAAGGCCGGAGCGCGCAGAGUCGGACUUCUCGAUGUCAAGUGAUGGAGAAGGCGGUCGACGAAGGAGAACAGAAAGGACUCAGCUUGUUCCUGCAACUUCUGGCCCUCCUGGUGUGCUUCCUGGUGUAGUCUCUUCCGAGACGGCGCAAAGCACUUUCUAUAGGUGUGAGGACGAGCCAAUACAUACACCUGGUGCCAUACAACAAUAUGGCGCUCUGGUGGCACUUCGAGUUGAUGGCGAUGAAGACCUAAUAGUCCGGAUUGCGAGCGAAAAUUCACAUCAAGUGUUGCAAUACGGUCCUGAACAACUAUUUCAACUCGACUCGUUUCUUCAUAUCCUAGCAAAAGAGGCUCGCGAUGACAUGGUUGCACGGAUUCAAAAUGCUCUCCACAACGCUUCCUCAUCGGAGGUUAUGGCGGAGGACACCAAUCUGGACGUCUUCCAGAUCUCAGUGAUCCUUCCGGAUGGGGCUCAUCGCCCGCUCUGGUGCGCCAUUCACAUCGCCAAAGGGACGCAGGAUCUAAUCAUUUGCGAAUUUGAAGAAUACUCAGACAUCUUCUACCUUCACGAUAUUCAUGGAGAACGGCUUUUGCCCAAAAGCCCUAUCAGUACUAUUGGUCUUGAGGUCCUUCCAGAGGAGAGACUCAAGAGUACGACACGUGGAAGUAAAUCUCUCAAAGUGCUGGAAAUCGCGCGACGAAAUCAGCAUAGCGGUGUCUCAUCCAUGGACAUAUUCAACGCGAUGACCCAAGCCCAGGCUCAACUAGCAAGUGCUCAGUCGGUGCAACAAGUUAUGGAUGUUGUGGUUGGCAUAAUAGCAGAGCUUACUGGAUUUCAUCGAGUGAUGUUUUAUCGUUUCGACAAACAGAAGAACGGAUGUGUCGAUGCUGAAUACAUCAAUCCUAGGGCUAGCGAAGAUUUAUUCAGAGGCCUUCACUUUCCAGCAUCUGAUAUUCCAACUCAAGCCCGAGAGCUUUACAAGAUCAAUCGCAUACGUAUCCUCUACGACCGUGAUGCAGAAACCGCUCGGCUAGUCUGUCGAGAUGUUACCGAUUUCGAGAAGCCGCUCGACUUAUCUCAUUCAUACCUCAGAGCAAUGUCACCAAUUCACCUUAAAUAUCUGGGAAAUAUGGGGGUUCGGUCAUCCAUGUCAGUAUCUAUUGUACAACACGAUGAUCUGUGGGGCUUGAUAGCUUGUCACGGCUAUGGUGAUGAAGGAAUUCGUGUGACACUUCCAAUUCGAGAGCUCUGUCGGAAUAUCGGAGAAUGCGCAGCUACGAAUGUCGAACGACUGCUCAUGAUGGCUCGACUAGAAGCCCGAAAGCCUCCAACCAGGACGCCCCCAACACAGGAUCCAGCAGCUUUCAUCGCCGCAUCUUCUGCAGAUUUACUCCGUGUCUUUGGUGCCGAUUUUGGUCUGCUCUCAAUACAAGACGAAGCCCGUGCCAUCGGAAAGCUACACCCGUAUCGGGAAGCACUUGCAAUUCUAGCAUAUCUUCAACAAAAACGAUACACCACUGUCAUGACAUCGCAAAGUAUCAAUGUCGAUUUCCCAGAUAUUAAAUACCCGCCAGGUAUCAAGAGUAUUGCAGGCCUCCUUGUCUUGCCUCUCAGUCUCGGCGGAAAAGAUUUUAUUGUGUUCUUUCGCAAAGGUCAGCUUCGAGAGAUUCGGUGGGCUGGCAAUCCUUAUGAGAAGAUUAAAAGAGCAGGUAGCGAGUAUCUCGAACCUAGGACAAGCUUCAAGCGUUGGUCAGAGACGGUUGUGGGGAUGUCGAAGGAAUGGACAGACGACCAUAUGGAGACGGCAGUUGUGCUUGGUUUACUGUACGGCAGAUUCAUCGAGAUCUGGCGCCAGAAAGAAACUGCAAGCCAGAACAAUCGAAUGACACGGCUCUUGAUUCGAAACUCAUCACAUGAAGUGAGGACUCCCCUCAACGCUAUUGUCAACUAUCUCGAAAUGGCAUUAGAGAACAAACUCGACGAUUCAACUCGAGAGAUCCUCUCUAAAGCCCACAAAGCCUCGAGGUCCUUGAUCUACGUCAUUGAUGAUCUUCUGAAUCUAACCAAGAUAGAAGAUGGACCCAUUUUAUCUGUUGAAGAGAGUUUUGAUCUAGGAGCAACUGUUUCAGAGACCAUCACUGCAUUUCGAAGGGAGGCCAUGCGCAAAGGCCUAGAUUUGACAGUAUCCACGCAUCAAGGCAUCCCGGAGAUGGUUAAAGGUGACGCUUCUCGAUUGCGGCAGGUUCUCUCAAAUCUCACGAGUAACGCAUUCCAACAUUCUGUUGAUGGGGGUAUAAAAGUGGACAUCCGUCCCGUUCGGUCGAAAGAGAACAGUUCCAUUGUUGCUAUCACUGUGCAAGAUGUUGGAGUUGGCAUGACUGAAAGCCAAUUAGACGAACUGUUCCAAGAAUUCGAAGAAGUCAUAGACGAUGACGGUACACCAAUUUCUGAAAGCACAACACCAUCUGCCGAGGGCGGUGGGAGCCUGGGAAUCGGUCUUGCCGUUGUAGCUCGAUAUGUUCGGAAUAUGAAGGGCCAGAUCCGAGUGCACAGUGAACCAGGAAAGGGCACAAUCUUUGGAAUCGAACUGCCUUUCGAGCAUGCAAAGGAGAUUGUAGAAGAAGGACAAUCGAGAGGUUAUAAUUUCCCGCGAGCUAUGUCGGAUUCGAGCAGCGCAAGAUCUACGAUCAUCACUCAAAGAAAACUAGGAGAGGAGAUCCCAGAGAUCAAGUCAAUACCAGCACCAGAAGUAGCCCCAUCGCCUUCUGUCAGCGGUGAAUCAUCAUCAGCAAUUCCAACGCCACAGAGUCAAGCUAGCCCAAUCGUAACGAACGUCUCGGAAUCGUCAAGUUCAAGAUAUCCAUUUCCUUCCAUGCUCGAUAUUAUGCCUCCAGAGUCUCAGCGAGAGUCUCUAUCCGUGCUGAUAGCCGAGGAUAACCCCAUUAACUCCCGAAUUCUAAGCCGCAGACUCUUGAAACUCGGGCAUCGAGUCCAUCUUGCCCAGGAUGGUCAAGAAUGCCACGAUUAUUUCAUUUCCGGGCCACAGGACUUUGAUGUUAUUCUUAUGGAUAUCCAGAUGCCGUUGGUCAAUGGCAUAGUCUCCACCCAAAUGAUUCGGAAACACGAGAAAGAACUCGAAGAGCUAAAGAAAAACAAAUACAGAGUUCCUGUUAUCGCAGUCUCAGCCUCUCUCACCGAGGAGAACAGAUUUGACUACGUUCAAAGCGGAUUUGAUGCUUGGCUACUCAAGCCCAUCGAUUUUGGGAGACUGGAUUUCUUGCUCCAAGGUACGAAGUCUCUAGAGUUGAAGAUGCAGGCUUUAUAUACUCCUGGACACUGGGAGAAGGGUGGUUGGUUCUUGCCUUGA